AGUGGAGACGCUGAAUAAGAAGUGUGAUGUUUUCAGUCGGAAUAUGCUCUCUGUCCGCGCAUGCACUGUAAAAGAUAACGUGGAGAUGUUGCGAAUACAUUUCUCGAGCGGGAUUCUCUUCGUGACGAGUUAAUGAGAUCGAGAACGGUUUGGCGUUCUAUGCAGACAGUUAAGAACUACGAAGGGGCGGUUGGAUUUUGUGCAUCGCAUGAAAACACCAAGACUAUGCUGCACCGGGAGUAAUUGGAGCUGUACUGAGGAGGUGGAUGCGACUGAGAUGCCGAACGAAAAGUUGUCGAAUCUCUGGGAACUACUGCUAAGUGGUGCCCUCGUAUUAUAACAAAAGGAUAGUUAUAAUAACUAUGCACUGAAAGUACGAAUCUAUAUCUCGCUAAUAUGCGACUUUGUUACUAACAAGCUCUGUAGCUGUUUCGCAUUCCUGUCACUACUACGGAGCAACCCGCUUCUUACAAAGAAGAAAACAACCCGGAGUCACGGAGUUCCCGUAAAUUUGUCCAUUCUACAACACUUGAAAAAUGAGACUUUAAUUAUGAUUAUUUUCUGCUGCCGCUUAAAUGGAAGUACGGUGUCCUUAUGUUGAAGUCUGACACACUCUUUGCCUUCUGUCGUCUGCCACCAGGAUGGCAGGUUUGGCCGGCCUGAUAAAUUGCCACCACAGAUUGAUUUGGCAAUUCGGGUGUCUGUUGGUGCUUUUUGGUUACUCCGCAGUCGCCACUCCUUCGCACGGCCGUCGGUUGUUGUGCUGGCAGGCGAUCUUGAUGUGUCAAGGAGAAGCAGAAUGCAACUACGCAUACGGACAGUAUAUGCACGCUUGCGCGUCAAUAAUAAACGGGGAGAAAAGAAAGUGCCCCAGCCACUGCAUCUCCUCCCUCGUUCAGCUCAAUCUGACGAAAAACGGACCGUAUCUAGAAGACUGCGACUGCUCCUUGGAUCCCAUCUGCAGGAACACGAAACGUGCGAUCGAGCCUUGCUUGCCCAGGACUAGCACCAUGGGCUGCACCGAGGCGCGACACCAGUGCGAGAGAGACGGGCAGUGCAGCGCUGCUAUGCGCGAUUAUUUAAUUCACUGUGGUAAACUUUUCAGCGGGGUAAGGUGCACGGAUGCGUGUCGGGAUGUGAUCUUCAAAAUGCGCAGCAUACCUAAAGCGGAGCUCCUGGAUACUUGCGUAUGUGAUGGAACGGAAAGGACCAUCUGCGAGUAUGUAAAACUAAGCAUGAAAACUCUUUGCUUCGACUCUCCUGAUAAAUAUGCUGGUAGUGGUUUUUCUGAUUCGGAGGAAGAUUCCGACGACGAGUACGACUCGCAGGACUACCCACAAUAUGAGGAAAAUGCAGGUAGUUUUAGAGGACCCCAGAAUGUUUUGACUGUGGUGGCAUCCAUUUUGGUUUUAUUGCCCGUGCUCUAAUUCUCAGUUAAUCAUCGACCAGGAGAAUUGUCCUGCUUUUGUCACAUGUUGUCACUCAGCGAUGCAAUGGCAGAUGAAUGUUUUGACUCCAAAGAGUGAAAAUGCUCGUUUACGUUAAAUGGUUCACCUUUCCAGCAAGCUAGACAUUUUAUUUGGAUUUAAAGUUAAGUUUUCUACGCGGUUGAAUUUCUAUGCAUCCACCCCUGCCCCACACCCCUUUGCUGUAUUGAUGCUUGAUGCAGCCUGUUGGUAACAGUUAUAUUUCUCGGCAGCAGUUUUCAGUGUUUCCUACAAGACCACUUGUCGAGAAAACAAAGUAACUGUGGCCUGAAAAUACCACUUCUGCCUUAAUCCAUAUGGUAUCUUCACCACGUGCUUCGCUAAACAAGCCCCGAAGCGACGACUACGUUUACCAUUUGGUUAAAAAAAAAACUACAUGAAGAUGGGUAAUUUUACACAUGAGCAUGUGUUUAUUUUGUCCCAGGUUUACUAACGCAAAGAGCAAGCUGGACACUGCCAACAGACACGUGGUUAGAAGUAUUUUUGCAUGGUUGGUACUCGGUGAAAUCGGAGACCUGCGGUACAUCUUAAUAAAAAUCUGUCUGCAAAUGCCGAGUGAUUAGUGGGCAUGUAAAUGUCCAAUGUUAAAUGCAUGCGUCAGAGAAUAAUUUAUUCACACGUUUUCAGUUCGCAGUAAUAAACUCUGUUAACUCAGAAUAAAAGGUUACAAUUCCAGUUUUAAAGGUUAAAGGGAGCAACAAG